CUUGUAGUCGUGAACGAGCGCUGGGGGGUAGAACGGUGGGGCAGAUGCUGGAAGUGGUGCAGAGUUUCUCCUCAAGCGUUGGUGCUGCUCGUAGCAGGAGGUGUCGAGGAAUUACCCGGCAAGGAGGGGAGGAAGGGGAGCUCUAGGAGUGUGAAGACCCCCACAUGGACCACCAGGGGCAAGAGAACUUUUAUCAGGGCAGGAUUCAGUGCAGAGCCAGUGGCACCUAAUGCUCAGGGGCUCGAAGACUUACGAGUAUGAGGAGGUUCUCGUGAGACAUGAUGGCAACGAGGGCAUAACCGGAGCUUCUGUUGGAUUUCACAGACUUUGGAUGAAUGUUGUUUUUCUCUGAGGCUGGACAGAGUGCAGUCCGGACCUGUGGCCAGUGUCCUAGACAGCCUUUCUAAACCUCAAUAGGUGUUUCUUCUUCUUCUUCCUUUUGCUCGUUCUUUGGAAAGCUAUGCGGACUCGGGGGACACUUUUGCACUGGACUGCCUUCCUGACCCUUGUUCUCCUGUCAGUCCAGGCUUUCCCCGCCCUCACGCCUAAAGCUGGGGAAGCCAAGCCCGGGAGCAGCGCCGCCCUGCGGACUGGAGGCCAGGCUGGUUCUGUCGAUGUGAAGCGGACGCUGGCGGAGCUCCAGCAGCAGAACCAGCUAAAGACUCGCUCACCUUCACGUCGCCACAGGCGGAGAUGGUCACAGCUCCGCUCAGAGGGAGUCCUGCCCAAACCUGCACCUGAGGAAGAGGAGCCGUUCAUUUUAGACCUGAAGAACUUUCCUGACCUCGCCAAUGCUGACCUGGGCUCUCAAAAUCCAAAUAUUCAGGUCACCAUUGAAGUCGUAGAUGACCCCCAGAUGGAGGUUGAGAUGGACCUGGCUAAAGAGGGUAGGAACGACUGGUCUUUGAGCUCUGAGCAAUGGUUGGACCACAAAAAGCUCUUCUGGCCGCUCUUCUGGGAGUACCAUGACUCCAGUGAGGAAAGCCCAGGCCAGGCCAGUCUAGAGGAGAAUGGGGAGGACCUCAACUAUGACGGGGAAGAUUCCCUUCUUAGUGGUGUUGGAGUGGACUGGGGCAGGCGCUGGAAAGGCUGGGACUCAUUCGAGAAUUACGAAUAUGAAGAGGAGGAAUGGAGUGACUGGUCUCCAUGCAGCGUCUCCUGUGGUAAUGGCAACCAGAAGAGAAUCCGCUCAUGUGGCUAUGCCUGCACUGCUACAGAGUCACGCACAUGUGAACAACAGAGGUGUCCAGAUGACCUGAAUGCAGUAACAGAGCUCAUCCCACAUGAGAUGAAUGACACAGAUGCUUUUGAUACAGAUAUGGACAGCUGUGAGAAGUGGCUGAACUGUAAGAAUGACUUCCUACAGAAGUACCUCCACCAGGUCCUGACCGAAUUACCCAGCUGCCCUUGCGUCUACCCCUCUGAGGUGGUGUACAGCGCCGUCAACAUUUUUGAUGAGAAACUUCGCAAGACCUACCGGUGGCGAGAUGCCAGUGGCCCCAAAGAGCGCCUGGACAUCUACAAGCCGUCGGCCAAGUUCUGCGUGCGCUCCAUGCUGUCCUUUGACAGCACUACUCUGGCCGCUCAGCACUGUUGCUAUGACGACCACAUGAAGCUCAUCACGCGGGGCAAAGGGGCCGGAGCGCCCAACCUCAUCAGCACAGAGUUCUCGCCAGAGCUGCACUAUAAGGUGGACGUUUUGCCUUGGAUUCUGUGCAAGGGGGACUGGAGCCGCUUCCAUUCUGUUCGACCUCCUAACAACGGUCUGCAGUGUGCGGAAAACCCUCAGGAGGAUGUCUAUAUGAAUGAGCUGGAGGAGGCCAGAGAGUAUUGAAAGCCACACUAAGCUGCAGUAUCUAUAAUGGAAGCGAAGGGUGGGAUUGAUCUUGGAGUGUUUUACAGUUGGUUUUAUGGAAAUAAGGCUGUCUACUUUGACUGGGCUGGUAGCAACUGCAUAUGGAGCUAUAGAAAUUUUGUUGCAGCAUAAGUGUCUACUUACAGACUGGGCCACUUUUAUGGAGGUCAAGUCCGGCUACAUCUGAAUAUGGAGCUAUAGGAAUAAUGGAGUGACAGAAAUUCAGUAUUUGAUGGAACUUCGUUGCAUGAAAAGUCAAAGGGAUGAGGACCGUGUGCAGCCAAACUGAAAGGACAUGAGUGGAAUUAGCGCAAAGCCACAUGAUCUCAAACUGUCCCACUUUUUGUAAAGCUGUCCAUAACUGAAUGUGGGUUUAUGGAGAUGAACUCACACCUGGAUGCCUGAUCAGAGAACCUACUGUUUAUAUACAGCUAUACUAAAUAACAUCGGAUUAAGUUGCUCCAGCACACUGAGAGGGAAGAAAGUGAUGUAACGACUGUCUGCAGACUCUUCUCUAUACACCCCGGUUCAGAAUCAUGCUAAAAGGCUCUGUGGGGGUUCAAACACGGCAUCCUCUGGAAUAAGUUCACUGCAUUUAUUGGAUUCGUAUGGCUCUUUUUUUCUCUACUGUGUGCUGAAAGACUCAGAUGUGUCAUGAAAGGAAUUCCACUCAAGCUGCUAAACUUGCAGUGAAUCCAAGCAGAAUGCUCGUUUGUUGUCUUAGACUCAGAGCUCGGUCCUGGCCCCCCUCCAGCCCAGGCGAGAUCAAUCCAAACAAAUCAAACACGAGCCCCAGAGCCGCGUGCGCAUCGGCUUCAACAUAUUUCAUGGAAUAGUUCCACUCUUUGGAGCCUGUAUAUUGUUACCCCAGAUGCAUUCACAUGUGGUGUCAUAGGCUGAGAUAUUUAGACUGAGUGAUUCGAUUUUUGAUAUGCUUUUAGGGAAGAUGACACUGGAACAUAAUUAGGUUAUCAGACAAUGUCUUAUGUCCAUCAAAGCGCAACGACUUGAGAGAAGCAUAAACUCAAUUCUCAAAACUUAAUUGUUAUUUUUCCUUUCGAGGGGAAUUUAACAGAUUUUUAUUUUUUUCAUAAAGAUGUAAACAAAGUCAUUCAGAAUGGAUUGAUGUGAAAUGUGAUGCUCUAGAGAAACUUACCAAGGCAGUGUUGUUUACGGGGUGGUGAGAGGAACCAGACAUCAUUUGAAGUGUAUAGUGCCUCUAAAAGUUACAUCUUGGAAAGUUAUUAUGUGAAAUACUAACAAAUAUACAGCCUGAUGCUCUUGUUAAAAAGAUGGAGAGGUAUAUGUGGGGCGUUAUAAAGCAAGAUAAACAGUCUUUUUCAAAUGCACCACUAUUUCACCAACAUUUAUCAACAUUUCACUGAAAAACUGGUCAUUUUGGACAGCAGGCACUAUAAUGGCUAUAUUUGUCUUGUAGACAUUGUAAAGAAAUCGAACUCAGCUAGUUCUUUACAAUAAAUCAUUUCACGUCAGACCACUAUGAAUGAGUUACAUCUCAUUUUUUGAGAUAAAGCUGUGAAAUUCCCCUUUAAGGACACAUUGGAUUGAUUUGACAACUUUUUGUGCUAACCGCAGUCUGAGACAGUGAUUUUGACCAUUCAGUGGAGGGUGUCUUUGCCUAGCUGAUGGAUGGGGGCUUUGUCUUAAGGUGGGAGGGGCUCUUGUGGAGCAACUUUUUUACAUCUAUAUAAACAAAGCGUGCUUUGCAGGCCCUUGCUGAUCAGUGAGCUCCAAUCAAAGCCUACUUGUAUGGGAUGUUGUUUUUACAGCUAAACCUUCUCCUUUCAGACUGGGCGUUUAUCAUGAUCUGUCUCUUUGUGAGAUGUUGAAACAGAAUGCCGGGGAUUUGCCGCACAAAGCCGUGUUGACAGAGGCCUAUUCCAUACCGCAGUAAAAACAUCCACCUUUGGUGAAGUGACAUCUUAAUGAGUGAAUUCAGACACAGUGUUGCCCCACCCCAAAAAUCUUACAGUGCAGAAUGUCCUAUCUGGGCUACACUGGAACAGCUGGUUUUUUUCUUCCAGCACAUACGCUGUCUAAGAUAGACAGUGUGUUUUAUUCAGAUUUAGUCUCUAGUAAUAUUCUGUCUGUAGAGAUGUCUGACAGCCUUACAGACUCAGCGCAUCAUUGGUAAAUGGUUUCUGUGAUGAGUCAAAAAAUUGUGCAGUCAGAAAUGCUAAUGUUACCAGCAGUGCACAAAAUAUUAUAGCCAUCAAUGAGCAUUAUGCCAGUGAUAUCAUGCUAAUUUAAUCCAGGCUCUACACACAACUCUUUGUCUUUUGUAGGAACUGUUGUUAGGUUGGACAAGCUUUACAGAACAUUAGCCAAAAUCCCAUUCAACCCAACCCAAUUAGAAAUUGUAGUGUGCUUGUUUAAACUGUACAUAACGUAGCUGCACUACCAAGCUGACAUUGUACACACUUAAAAAUGAUGGUUCUUCAAGGGUUCUUUAGUGAAGGAAAUGGUUCUAUAUAGAAUCAUGAACACUCAAAGAACCUUUUGCAUGAUUAAAGCGUUCUUUGCAUCA